AUGGUUCACCGGACGCCCCUGUCUUUCUCAUGUCUUUUUCUCAUGUUUUCGUGUUUGUGCCUUGUGAACUUCUGCCAUGCUACGCCAUUUAAUGACAAAAUGACAAAGAUAGCGGCGGCAUUUGAUGAGCCUGACAAGAUCUGUUCCAUAAGCGAAGCCGCCGGUGAUGGGGGUUAUCGACGACUGAUCAGCAGAUUGACAGGCAUAAACUUGAAAAUCUUGGGUGUUGAUGAUACCUUGUUCACGGGCUUUAGAUUUCACCGAGUCUACAAAUUCAAUUAUCGAAUUACAGACGCCACGCGAUAUCUCCAAAUGAGUUAUUGUAAAAAAGGUAAACUGCAGUGGUCAAGAGAUAUGAGGUAUGACGCUGACGUUGAGUGGGAAAAACCAUUGUGUAUCUACGCUCCCCGCGAGGCUGGAGAAUCGAAAAACGCCGUCAAAAACUCUGGAUUUCCCAAAUGGAGGAAGCCCAAAUCUGACGCUGCCAAUGCUAUUUCAUUAAAGCAGAGUGCACUAGCGGAUCUGGAUAAUUUCCGCUGUUUUAAAAUGGCCCGCAGAAAACGAUAUGCUCGAAGGCCUUUCUCAUUGUAUUUGCCCAAUACUUGGAUAGGAGCCCUAUUCGAGUGCAAAAUGCCAAACUCUGCGAAGAAAAUCAUUCUACAACAAAUGAGUUCCCAGCUACUACAAAUUUCGCCUUUAGCACUCGACUUGAGCUACAUUGAUUCUUUCCGUCCGGUUCUACCUCUUCUUUCAGACAGCUACAAGGGCCACUGGACUGAAUUGGAACGAAAAUCACGAUGGCCCAUUCUCAAUCGGUUUCUGAAAUGGCAAGUGAACAGAAUUGUGCCAUUCCUGUCAACGCCACUAUAUGUGGAUGAAGAAUUUCAUCAAGGAGCAGAUUAUUUACUCGACCGCAAUCUCACUCGAAAUUACAUUUCGGCGACAAACUCUUCAUGGUCUUUUCCUUUGGAGAAUUGUCGUCAUCAAUACUAUAAACUGGAUUCGAAGAAAAACUCCAAGGCAAAAGAUAGCCAAUGGUUCAACGAAGUUGACCCACUGGAAAAUUAUGAUUAUUCAUCCCAGGACGACAGCAUUAGAGACAAAUUCGCCGAGAAGCUUUUCAGUCAAGUAGAAAACCUCACUAAUUCUGCAACAUCUAAAGAAAAACUGCUUAAUAGCCUUGAGUUGGACCUUACCGGUAACCAAUCUCUUGUAGUAGCUUUUGCGGGCAGAAUGGGGCAUCAUCUUAAAGCAUUCAGGAAGAACAAAGAACACCUUUGGACGAAAAUGAACUUCGUUGAUAGAAUAAUGUCCACUUAUGGAAUGUCGAUAUUUGAAGAAAAAAUGAGAGCUACUGAUUCCCAGCCUGAUACAAUCGAUGGCAUAGAUAACUGA